UUCAAAACUCUCAUGCCAAUAUACUACAAAUUUAUCACCUAAUAUUGUUUAUUCAGGAAUUAUUUUUAUUGGUUAUGUCUUCUGAUAAAAGUGAGCUAUUGCUUAAUGUUGAGCAGAUCGUUUUGGAGUUGAUAAGGAGUUUGAUGUGUUAUGAGAAAGUGGCUUUAGAAAUACCAAAGAAGUGUCGAGAUUGGUAUGUGCGAGAUGAUUACGAGAUAUUAUUUGGCAAAUUUCGUAAGAUCGUUUACAAUAGCAAACGUAGUCGUCAUCGCUUUUGCCUGAUUGUCUAUCUGUUGGCUGAGAUACAUUGUUUGCAUUUGACUGGCGGUAGUUGUACGAUACGUGGACUAUAUUAUCGGAACACUCAGGUGAUUCGCUCACAGUCCUACAUUGAUGCCGCUAAAAUGGAUGUUUGCCGCAUGCUAAACACGGCACCUGUUAACUUGGGCAUACUGUCAGCGUCGAAGGGACUAAUUACAGGCGACAUAAAGCUGCUCAUGAGCAAUGGCGAUGUUUUGGAUUGCAACGUAUAUUGCGGAGCUAUAACAUUGCCAACGGAUUUUGAAAAUGUGGAACGAAUCGUGACAAAUGCCGAAAUGGUCUUGAUCGUUGAAAAAGAGUCGGUUUUUGAGAGCUUGCUGGCCUGUAAUGCUUUGAGCACGUUUGGCUUGCGUUUCAUAUUGCUGACCGGCAAGGGGUAUCCGGAUUGCACUACCCGCCGUAUUGUAUACAGACUGUCCGUCGAAUGCAAUUUACCAGCAUACAUUUUAGUGGACGCUGAUCCAUUUGGCAUUGAAAUAAUGCUCGUUUACCAGCUUGGUUCGCAGGCCAUGAGCUUCUCGGCAAAGAGCUUGGCCACGCCAACGCUGCGUUGGAUUGGCCUGCAUCCAUCUGAAAUAGAUAGCAUUUCCAAAUGCUCUGUUGCUCUCACUCAGCACGACAAUAAGAAGAUUAAUGAUAUUCUGUCACGCAGUAAUCUUAGUUUGGGUGUCAGACAGGAGCUGUGCACGUUGCAACAAGUCCAGCUAAAAGCCGAAAUUGAGAGUGUUAUUGAUUUUCUAAGUCCCUACUAUAUACCAACUAAAAUCAAUAGAAAUUUGUUUAUAUAAUAUUGACUUACAAUACAUUAUAAACUAUUUAUAUAU